AUGUCGUUGCAUGGUGACUCUGGGGUGAGUAUCUCGACUCCAGCUAGUGCAAACACCAUCGACCGGAUUCGCCAGAUUCACGGCAGUGCCGUAGCGAAUGAAGUUGUUGAAUUCGAAACCAAUGAUACCAAACUUGGAUUCCGUGCAUCUGGUCUUGCUACCAAUGCCAACUAUCAUGUCAAGAAGACCACAAUAUUGCUUUUCAUCAACCACAGAGCAGUCGAGUCAACAGCUCUCAAGCGAGCAAUUGAACAGACAUACUCUGCAUUUUUGCCUAAGGGUGGACACCCUUUUGUAUACCUGGAUCUCGAAAUCGAACCUCACCGCGUGGAUGUCAAUGUACAUCCAACCAAGCGUGAAGUCAACUUCUUGAACGAAGAUGAAAUCAUCGAGAUCGUCUGCACGGAUAUCCGAUCGAAACUUGCGGAGGUAGACUCGAGUCGUACAUUCCUGACGCAGAGUCUACUGCCUGGUGUACCGACUAUUGAAUCCCUUCAAUCCGAUCAAGGCGGAGCAACCAACGAAACGGGAGAGGAACCAAGAGCCCCAGCGGUUCCCAAAACACCAGCGACAGCAAAAAGGCCAUACGAAAACAAUCUUAUUCGAACAGACUCCAAGGUCCGCAAGAUCACAGCAAUGCUAAGUCCGGCCGUAGCCUCUCCACGAGACCCAUCUAAUCCAGACGCACCCGCCGAGGCCAAUCCAACAACAUCAAUACUAGACGACGGCCUCCAGUAUGAAACAACAGAUCGACAACCCCUCAAAAUCGCACUCGCAUCCAUCAAGGGCCUUCGCGCCUCCGUCCGCUCCGACAUGCACAACUCACUGACUGAAAUGUUCGCCUCGCACACCUACGUCGGUCUGGUGGACGAACGCCGCCGACUAGCAGCAAUCCAAUCCGGAGUGAAACUCUACCUGAUCGACUACGGUCUUGCAUGCAACGAAUUCUUCUACCAAGUCGGUCUAACCGACUUUGGAAACUUCGGGACAAUCCGUCUCGACCCAGCACCCAAGUUGGUAGAUUUGCUGACCAUCGGCGCAGAGUCAGAGCGGCAGGAGCACCCUAAUGCAGACGCAGACGAGGCCGAUUCUAUAUUCGGCAAUGCGCCAGCAAUGAUAGCCCAGACACUUGUCGAACGUCGGGAGAUGCUGAACGAAUACUUCUCCAUGCAAGUUAGUCCCGAAGGCGAGCUGCUUACUAUCCCACUCUUGUUGAAGGGGUACUUGCCCGCGCUGGCGAAAUUGCCUCGGUUCCUACUGCGGCUGGGUCCUUAUGUGAACUGGACUAAUGAGGAAGACUGUUUCCGCACGUUUCUGCGUGAGCUCGCUGCCUUCUAUACGCCUGAGCAACUUCCUGUUCUCCAGUCUGCACAGGCUGACUCCGAUUCUGCGGAGCCGGUUGUAGCCGGUGGCUUGGGGGCGGAGGAGGCAUUUGUGAGAGACCGGCGGGCACAGAUGAUCCGCAUGUUGGAGUAUGCUGUUUUUCCGGCUCUCCGUGCGCGGUUGGUUGCCACGUCACGGUUGCUGCGGGGCGUGGUGGAGGUUGCAGAUUUGAAGGGACUGUAUCGGGUAUUCGAGCGUUGUUAA